AUGCAAGUGGAAACCGUAAUUCAGCUAUUGAUUCUUUUAGUUGAUGACGAGAGUCGUAUUGUUGGUGGCCAGCCAGCAAGUAUCGAUGAUCAUCCGUACCAGGUGUCUCUUCGAUAUAAUAAUCGUCACGUAUGCGGUGGCGCUAUCAUUAGCGAACAAUGGGUCAUUACAGCCGCGCACUGUGUCCAGAGAGCUUUCGUUCCAUUAAUUUCGAUAAAGGCUGGGUCUUCCAAUCUGCGGGAGAAUGGGAUAAUCGUCGAAGCUGAAGAAAUCAUUAGCCACGAGAUGUACGAUCCCAGAAACUCUGAUUACGAUAUAGCUCUAAUUCGGUUGAAAAAGCCGCUGGAAUAUGACAGCAAGGUGAGACCGAUCCUCCUGGCACCGGUCGCCGAUUAUUACCAAGCUGGUACCAAGGCGAUGGUUACCGGCUGGGGAGUGACGAAAAGCAAUGGCCAGCUGUCCAACCAGUUACGUAAAGUCGAGGUGCCGCUCGUCUCUAACACCGAUUGCGCAGAGCUGUACGGGUUCCGGCCCAUCACGCAGAGAAUGAUUUGCGCCGGUUACGUAAACUUCGGCGGGAAGGACGCGUGCCAGGGUGAUAGUGGCGGACCAAUGGUGCAACACGACAAAUUAAUCGGGAUCGUGUCCUGGGGUAUCGGAUGCGCACGGCCAUCUUUCCCCGGGGUCUACACGCGCAUCACAGUGCUUCGUAGCUGGAUCACAGAGAAAACUGGUUUAUGA